UCAAAUACCAACAAAUAUCCAGGAAGCUUAAAAUAAACAUCCCUUGCCCUGUUAGUACAAUCCCGUGCUGGUCACAGCGCGGAAUCAAUAUCUACUGUGAACUAUAUCAAGGCCAUCACAUACACGUCAUUUCUCGUGAGGAGUGAAGAGUUGAUUAUAAUCUAAGGAAGUGAAUCGCGACAACUUUAGGUGUGUUAAAUACAUUUAUACGGUGGCGUAACUUCAUUUCACAAUCAACAACCAACAUGGCUGCAUCUUAUACACAGGGAACAAUCGUCCCUAAGAACCCCUUUUCGGCCGAGCAGGCGGCGGGCGCUCUCAGAAAGGCCAUGAAAGGGCUGGGGACAGACGAGGCGAAAAUAAUCGAGGUGAUGUCGUCCCACACCAACCAACAGAGGCAGGAGAUCUUUACCUCCUUCAAAACUCAAUUUGGCAAGGACCUGCGUUCUGAGCUGAAGUCGGAAAUCUCGGGCCGGUUCGAGGACCUCGUGCUGGCUUUGCUGGAGACGCCCGUAAAUUAUGACGCCAGGGAACUUAAAGCCGCCAUCAAGGGUGCGGGCACAGACGAGGGUGCCCUUAUAGAGAUUCUGUGCUCCAGGUCAAACGCCCAGAUACUGGCCAUCAAACAAGCCUACAAAACAUUGUUCAAGAGUGACCUAGAAAAAGACAUCAUGAGCGACACAAGCGGCCACUUUAAGCGCCUACUCGUCUCACAGCUGGCCGCCGGGAGGGAUGAGUCUGGUAGUGUUGACCCUGACACCGCAGCACAGGACGCUAAGGAACUAUUUGAGGCUGGUGCCAACAAACUUGGCACAGAUGAAUCCACCUUCAAUCGAAUAUUGAGUCUACGAGGCUACGCUCAACUAAAGGCCGUUUUUGAGGCGUACCAACAAAACCAUGGCAAGGAUAUUGAAGCUGUCAUCCAAGCAGAGACCAGUGGCUAUCUAGAGGACGGCUAUCUUGCAAUAGUAAGACUCGCCAAGAAUCCACCUGCGUAUUUCGCUCAGCGGCUGCACAAGUCAAUGAAGGGGGCUGGUACCAAGGACUCGACUCUCAUCAGAGUAGUCGCAAGCAGAUCGGAGGUGGACAUGAUCCAGAUCAAACAGGAAUUUCAGCGGCUGUUCGGCAAGACUCUCGGUUCCUUCAUCAAGGGUGACACGAGCGGAGACUACAAGAAGUUGCUGCUAGCACUGUGCGCAGAGGAUUAUUUUUAUGUUACACAUUCACGGUGGAAUAUCUUCAUUUUAAGUUCAAUCAACAUGGCUUCAGUUCAUAAAGAGGGAACUAUUGUCCCUAAGAGCCGCUUUUCGCCCGAGCAGGCAGCGGUGGCUCUCCGAACGGCCAUGAAAGGGCUUGGGACGAACGAGGCAGAAAUAAUCGAUGUGAUGUCUACCCACAACAACCAACAGAGGCAGGAGAUCUUGGCCACCUUCAAUAGCAUGCUUGGCAGGGAUCUGCGUGCUGACUUGAAAUCAGAACUUUCGGGCCGGUUCUUGGAUCUCGUGCUGGCUCUGCUGGAGCUGCCAGUCAAUUACGACGCCAAAGAGCUUAAAGCUGCCAUAAAGGGUCUGGGAACAGACGAGGAUGCCCUAAUAGAGAUUCUGUGCUCCAGGUCCAACGCUCAGAUACUGGCCAUAAAAAAGGCCUACAAAAUAUUGUACCAGAGUGACCUAGAAAACGACAUCGUUGGCGACACAAGCGGUAUCUUUAAGCGCCUACUCGUCACACAGCUGGCCGCCGGAAGGGAUGAGUCUGGGACUGUGGAUCCUGCCAUUGCAGCACAGGACGCUCAUGAUCUAAAUGAGGCUGUUACCAACAAACUGGACACAGAUGGGACCACCUUCAACCGAAUAUUUUGUCUACGGAGCUACCGUCAACUUAAGGCCGAUUUUGAUGCAUACCACAUAAGUUAUGGCAAGGAAAUUGAAGAUGUCAUCCGCGCAGAGACCAGUGGAGAUUUAAUGGAAGGCUAUCUAGCCAUAGUGAGAAUCGCCAAGAACCCACCUGCGUAUUUCGCUGAGCUGCUGUACAAGUCAAUGAAAGGGGUCGGUACCAAGGACUCGACUCUCAUCAGAGUAGUCGUCACCAGAUCGGAGGUGGAUAUGGUUCAGAUCAAACAUGCGUUCCAGCGGCUGUACGGCAAGUCGCUCCGCUCCUUCAUCAAGGGCGACACGAGUGGAGACUACAAGAAGUUGCUUCUAGCUCUGUGCGGGGCCUCAAAAUAAAUGACGAUUAGAUAAAGCGCUGUAAACAUACACUAGACACUUUGAAAUCGAUUGUUAGCAAGGGCAUGAGUUGUUAGGUUCACAUGAUUAUACAAUCAACGAUCAUCAUCGUUUUCCAUAUCGUUUUCACGUGUUUCUGUUAUAAAUCUGAAUCUGGCAAUAUUUAUUGAAUUACACCAGAGUUAAUGGAACUAUGUAAAGCAAUGAACUAUAUUUUGAUAUUUGCUGUAAAUUACUUGCCAUUUAUCAUUUAUUUGUUAGCUAACUAAAGGUAACCGCUUUUUGUUUCUUACAUAUUAUUUUUAUAAUUGCUACCAGACGCAGCCAUAAAAAGAAGGGUUAUUUCAUCUUCAUCACAUUAUUUUACAAACUACCUGGCAAACUUGUCUUUUCAGAUGAGCCUUUUUGUAGAAUAAAUACAAUCUGUCAGCACAGAUCAUGUAAUAAAUAGGUUUUAGGAGUUAGGACCGUCAUUAUUAAAGUGACACUCUUAUUCAAAAUCAAUACAUACACAUGCAUUACAAACAUACGUUUUGAGUGAUAAACCUUUAGCUACUUACUAAAUAAUGCAUAUAUGGAAAAUAUAAAUUACUGAUAACGAGAUUGUAAUCGUGUUUUUAAAAGCUGAAAAUGGAAAAUAUUAAAUGAUUGGUGAGUGUUAAAAAAUUUACAGUGAUCUACUAUCGUAUCAUAAGGUAGAAAUACCGUGUUUUCUUCACCUUUCUUCCAAAUUAAACCUGGUAUCCUUCAUAAGAACCAUUUUUUCGACAUUUAUUCAUCAUUUUUAGCACAUUUAAACAAUUGUAUGAAUUGUGGUAAAUCUUAUUUGGGAGUAAGAGUGCAUCAUUAAGAGUAUUCUAAACAAGUAUAAUUAUACCACAAAAUAUAAAUACGGACUUCUCUCUCAUCAUUGUAUUUUACGUAACUAUCUAGUAUUACAUGUAAUGUACCUACUUAAUUAUUAUUAAACUUGAAAUGUG